GAGUUCAUCCUCCCCGCGGGGGCCCUCGACUUCGGUGGCCGCGUCUUCGUGUCUGUGAAUGGCGAGCUCACCACGGGCACCUUCGUGGGUGCCAACACAGACCUCGACGAGUGGGCGGGGAACCGGCAGCUGUUCCUGAUGCGGGGGGAGCCCAGGGACGCCCGGACGACGAUCUGGCUGAAGGGGCCGCCCAGCAUGGGCGAUACGGUCUCGGCUCUGAUGUCGCGGAGCCCCGGAGGGUUCAUGGCCUCCCACGAGCGCUGGCUGGUGGAGAGCCGCGUGCCGGCCGGCAAACGCUCGGCGCACGAGCACCGCCUGGUCUCGAAGUGCCCGGAGCUCGCGGCGUCGGUUGACGGGAUGAACCUGGCCAACCUCACCAGCAUGGAGUACCUCAACAGGCGCCGCCAGCUGCUGGAGGAGGCGCACAAGACGGACCCGGACAAGCCGAACUUCGAGGGCGCCCACCACUUCCUUGGCGAGGACGACGUCGGCGCGGGCACCCUGGUCGCGCCGAGCCUGCGGACGCACGUCGCGGGCGAGUUCGCCAGGGAUGCGGCCAUCGAGAAAGAGAGACGCAAGGCACGAGAAGCAAGGUGCAUUCGUCGGGGCGCACUGAGUGACGUGAACGACUCGCUGACGGGCCUCAACGCUCUGCACGGCUGUGAGCGCUCGGCGGUUAGUGUGCCCAACGAGGCACAGAGGCAGGCACAGCGGAGGCUGCUCCGUACCGCUCGCGCUGCCGGACGGCAGCCCGUCAGCCUUCAGGGCGUUCUCGACCCUGAUGCCGCGCUCGCCCUCGCUCAGUUUGAAAGCCUCUUAGCCGAGCCGGAUGUCCGCCAGUGUGGCGACAUUCGGGAUCUAUGCCAGUACUUCUGCCUCCCGAAGAUCAGCCGGGCCGAGGCUCUCCGUGCAGGUAUCUCGCUGAAGGAUCUAGACGACUCGAGCGACUUCGUCUACCCCGCUAUGAAAGUCGUGGCCACCGACGCCUCCCCGUCCGAUAUGGGUGUCACCGAGGCCACGGUUCCUCGGGACGUCGUGUCGCAGGCCGGAAGGCCGGCCCGGCUCACCGUGCGCAAGAGGCCCGCAGGACGCCUCGAGGGGCCGCCGGUGCCGCUGCGGCGUCCGGCGGCCGCGCCAGUGCCGCUGCGGCGUCUGGCUGCUGCGCCCGGCCGAGGCAAGCGUCGCCCUCGGCUGCAGGCAGCCCUCGCGGCCAAGCGGACCUCUCCGGCGACGGCCACGAGCCUGUCGGCGUGCGAGCAGGCCGCCGUCGGGCCCGGGGCCAGGCUCUCCUACCAGAAGUACUACGACGCCUUCCUCGCGUUCGUGGGGGAGCCGGCCGAGGAUCUCGACGAGCUCGAGGUGCAGGUGCUGUCGAUGCUGGACACGUUCCUGGACGCGGGAUGCACGAAGGCCGACGCCGACUUCCUCGUUGCGCCCGUCAAGGACGCGCUGCCGAAAGCGACUGGGCCCAGGACACUUCCCCGGGUCCAGAGGGCGCUCAAGGGAUAUGCAAAGAAGUCGCCGCCAAGGUCGAGAGCGCCGGUCCCCCUGGAGGUCGCCGCCGCGGCCAUCUCGGGUCUCCUCUCGUUGGGGGAGCGGGACGCGGCACUCCAGGUGAUGACGAUGUUCAGCACGUUCAUCCAGCCGGGCGCGCUGAGGAAGGUGCUCGUGAAGAACCUCCUCCGGCCCACGCGGGCCGGGGGCGCCAUGGGGACGUGGUCGCUCCUCCUCGCGCCGACCGAAGGAGACCCCCUGGCGCCUCUGAGGGAGGGGGGAGCUCGGCCGAGGCCGCUGACCAAGACGGGCACGUCCGACGAGGCGGUGCCCCUCGACAACCCGCAGUGGCUGGGGCCGUUGCUCGCGCGACACGCCCACGGCCGCCAGAAUCAUUCCCCACUCUUCACCACGGAGGGCGGCGCCAUGGCCGUGCUGUUCCGCAAGGUCACCGCGGUCCAGGGCCUCCAGGUGAAGACGAGAGGCCACUGGAGCCAGGACAGCAGCGUCAAGCGCUACGCCAAGCCCGGCAUGGUCGAACAGCUCCUUGCGGCGCUCUCGCCGGCUGCCAGGGCGCAUGGAGAAGUUCAGCGGACGCGGCUCGAGGACCUGUUUGCCGGUCGGGCGCGCGCCUCGUGGCCAGUGCUGUAG